AUGGACAAGAAUAUAUUAACAAGCACAGAUCAAGGGACAAAAUCAUAUCUUCAGUUUCAAAUAGAAAGGCUGAAAGUUUUAAAAGCGAAGCUUAACAAGGAAGAGGACACCGAUUUUGCUGUAGUUAAAGAAGAGCCACGUAGUGGAAAUGAGUCGGAGUCGAGUGAGUACAGUGACGAUUCGUUCGCGUAUGCCGAGGAUGUGCAGGUUACAGCCAAAAGCUCUGGACAGAGGAAGAAUUGUAACAGGGGCAGAUGGAGUAAGGAAGAGGAUACAAAACUCAAGAUGUACGUCCGCAUGUACGAGGAGAACUGGGAGAUGAUAGCGGCGCAGUUCCCGGACAGGUCAGACGUCCAGUGCCAACAGAGGUGGACGAAAGUCGUCGACCCCAAACUAGUCAAAGGGCCCUGGACGAAGGAGGAAGACGAAAAAGUUGUAGAAUUAGUCGGAAAGUACGGCCCGAAGAAAUGGACGCUCAUAGCGCGACAUCUGAAGGGCAGGAUAGGGAAACAAUGCAGAGAAAGGUGGCACAAUCACUUAAAUCCGUCUAUAAAGAAGACAGCGUGGACGGAACAUGAGGAUAGGAUAAUAUACCAAGCACAUCAGCAACUUGGCAACCAGUGGGCGAAGAUUGCUAAGCUUUUGCCUGGCAGGACCGACAAUGCAAUAAAGAACCACUGGAACUCAACGAUGCGGCGCAAGUACGAACCGGACGGUGGUGACAUGUUCGAUGCUCGGCGGAGGCACGGCAAAAUUAAGAAAUACGACCAUAACGUCACCAGCGAAAACAGCAAGGUUCUAGUUUCAUGCAAUGAUACGUGGACAGACCCGUUCAACGAAUCAAUACAAAGCAACUCGUCGUCAUCAAGCCAGCCACCGUCCAAGCAAGUGCUGCAUUUCAGGCAGUUGUUGAAACAACAACUCAACACACUACAACACCAGAACACGUCGAACGUGUCCAAUGUGUCGUCGAUGUCUAAUAUGUCAAAUGUCACACUUCAAAGCAGGGAUUCCCCGGACAGGGGGGGAUUGGCCGCGGCGGAAACUAUGGAAAUAGUUGAUAGUAACUUUAAGUUUAUAAACAUAGAAACGUUGCCUGAGGACUCACCUAUAAAGUCCUACCUCUCGCAGGCUUCUUCGAGUACUACUGAUCGAAGUGGAGUGACGUACUCAGUAUGUUCGGAACCGAGUAAGGAAAUAAUAGUGCCCUCCGUAUACACGUCACCGAAGAAAAAGCUGACGGAGUCGAGUCCACCGCCGAUUUUACGACGAGGGAAAACCAAACGGACCUCACAUGCCUGGUCAGAGAACAUGAAACCGCUAGAGGGCGCUACCCCCAUAAAGGCGUUGCCUUUCAGUCCUUCGCAAUUCUUGAAUUCACCCGCCACGCUCUCCUUUCCCAACUUCGAUUCUACGCUGAGACAUUCCUCGACAAAGAAUCUGGACAACUGGAGUCAGAGUCCACUUUUACUCACACCGACGCCAGCGAAUAUUACGCCGGGCGGAACCAAUUUCAGAAAUACACCCAAAACACCAACGCCAUUUAAAAUUGCGAUGGCGGAGAUCGGGAAGAAAUCCGGUUUGAAAUAUUCUCCUUCGAGUCCUGGAGUCCUGGUCGCGGACAUCACAGAAAUGAUAGAGCGAGAGGAGAGCGCUAUUAACGAUACUGCACAGUCUGUUAUGGAUCACGAAGGACAGGUAUGUGGAGCUUAA